AGAAGAGAGAGAUCCCUCUUUUUCUCCUUCAGUGGCAUGAAUAAUAUCCCCAGUGCUGGAGAGAGAGCAUAUCAAGAGGCAAACGGGAAGGGGAGAGAGAUAGCAGCCAGUGUGACAGAUAAGAGCGUGGCAGAACUUGUCUCCCUGACUGCACCGUGGGGCUGGGGAAAGAGAGAGCAAGUACACCAGAGUGUCCGGCAAGGCUGCUGCCUGCACACACACACAAACACUCACACACACACACACUCAUACAGACAGACCCCUCAUCCCGGCUGCACCAGAAGAAGUUCAGAGAGAAGACUGACUUCAAGAAGGUGGGUUUGCGGACGUUUCGUCUGUGGAUUGACUCGAAUAUUAUGGCUUUCCUCAAACUGAGCCUUUUUGUCCUGUAGAGGAGUUGUGUGUUUCCCCUCUAGAAGAACUUGCCUCGUGUUUCGAGACUGAGGGAGGAUGGAGAAGCUGUCAGGGAAAGACAAGGAGCUGAUACGAGGCAGCUGGGAGAGUCUGGGCAAAAACAAAGUUCCUCAUGGUGUCGUCAUGUUUUCCAGACUGUUUGAGCUGGACCCUGAGCUCCUCACUCUUUUCCACUACACUACAAACUGUGGCUCCACACAUGACUGCCUCUCCAGCCCGGAGUUCCUGGAACAUGUCACCAAGGUGAUGCUUGUGAUCGAUGCAGCAGUCAGCAACCUGGACGACCUUCCCUCCUUGGAGGACUUUCUUCUCAACCUUGGGCGGAAGCAUCAGGCAGUGGGAGUCAACACACAGUCAUUUGCUGUGGUGGGUGAGUCCCUUCUCUACAUGCUGCAGUGCAGUCUGGGCCAGGCCUACACGGCACCGCUGCGUCAAGCCUGGCUCAACUUGUACAGCAUCGUGGUAGCAGCCAUGAGCCGAGGAUGGGCCAAGAACGGGGAGGACAAGGCCGACUGAGGUGCACAGUGGGAGCUGCUGAGCAGUUGCUGUCAAAUCACUCAACAUGGUUGCCAUGGAAUAAGGUUGUGUAACUUGCAACGUUGUGGCUUUGGCUGCUGUACAUUUGCUCUGAGUGAGGUCACAUAGCGUAGCGAAUGUAUGGUGUGGUUACACUUUACAAUUGGAUCGACCAAUCGCAGAGUUUAUUUUCUUUGCUGUGGAUGUUUAGCUACCAGACAAUGCUGCUGUACAGCUGUGAGGAGCCAGCCUGUUUGGUUCUUCUAAGUCUGGACCUGUAAUCUGAGCGCCUCACACUGAGAAACAGCAACAAGGAUAGCUGUUGAGUCUCUUUGUAUAUAAUGGCUUUGAUAUAUCUACUCAAAUAACAGUGGCUGUAGUGGUCUUUGUGAUGUAUCUUAAAAGAGUUGCACAAUUGUGAAACACUAGACAUUAUUUUUAGUCAUCACACACUACUCAAACUGUGAUGGUUCCUGUGGCCAGCGCGGCAGCUCUCUAUCUAACUGGAACACAGUGAUACUUUACAAAACAUGGUAAAAGUUUUGGGACAAAGCAAUGUGAUUUUACAUAAGGAAAUCCUAUCACCUUAAUCAUAAUCAUUACUGUGUUUUCUAUUGAUAUUACACAUCUUUACACCUACUUUUGUGCGUGACAUUUAACCUAUUGAUUCAAAUGAUAUUCAAUAGAUACUGACAAGAACUGUUAUACUCUCUCUCUCUCUCUCUC